AUGGAUACGGAAGAGAAUUGCGAAGAAGAAAAUAUCAGCAACAAGCAAGAAAGAAGGGAACAUGAAAGUUUAGAUGAUGAGUGCUAUGGCGGCAAUAUGGAAGAAAAUAAGAAGCCUAUAAAUAACUACGAGAACCACAGAAAAAUUAUAAUAGAGGGAAGCGAAGAAGAAGAAAGCGAUGAUGACAAAAGCAGUGUGGAAGAUAACAGCGAAGGAGAAGAAAAUGAAAGCAGCGAAGAGGUACCAGAUAUGGAAGAGCAAAGAAAGGAACAAGAUAUAGAAAAUGAUGAGGAAGAUGAAGAUGAUGAGAACAGUGGUAAAGAAGAAAGUGAAGAAGAAGAUGGGAACUGA